AUGGCUGCGGAGUCCGAGAGGCCGCCUCACCUUAAUGGCACCUCUGGUCGAUCCAGAGGCCCGAAGGAUACAGAGGCGGCGUCAGACCCUGUGUAUCGAUCUGUCAGCGAAAGUGGCAUGAUAGAACGGUCCAUCGUUACGUCCCAGACUCAACCCAUGUCUCAGGUCCCUAAGCUUUUUCCCAAUCCCCCUACCGCUUCCGCUACGGCGUCGUCUACUGCGAACUCGGCUGUCUCCUCCCGCGAAUCCUCGCCAGUCCGACACUCCGCACGUGCCUACAAUCCUUCUUCGCCCAGCCGGGCAUCUUCACACUCACGAAAGACCAGUCAAGACCAAUCCAGUCCCACCCAGCAUUCUAGCGGUUUGAUAUCUGGCCCACCCACAAACUCGCCAGCACCGAAUGCUCAACGUUCCUCGUCCUCUCCUGUCAGAUCCCUUGUUCUCUCCACUCCAGUCGACUCGCUGGCCAAUGUUCCCGGUCCGGAAAAGUCUAAUAUGCCAUCACGGGCCGCGAACCGUCGCACAGACCUGGAUUCUGCCCUUCCGAAUACUUCACACAAAAGAUCUUCAUUACCGUUGGAGGAUUUAGCAUCCAAGACGGACCGGAACACAACCUGGACUGUCGCUAGAGGCGUCAGUGGACAAGGGUCCUCCCUAGAAACAGUUGAAGAGAUGGCAAGCAAUCCCUCUACCCCGUCCAGUGACACUCCUACCAAGCCGGUAAUCCCAGAGGAGUCACGAUUGCACCGAAUCGAUGAAGACCCGACUCCACGUGCUUCGCCUCAAACUUUAGGCAGUGGCAGUGAUAGUGGUGAGAAUCGAAAUUCAGAAGCCAAAGAGGAGCCUCGUCCACAGGCGUCUGGUGCAGCCAAACCGCCCAAAACUCUCAUGUCACAGCGAUCGACAACAUCACUCAGUGCUGGUGCUCGUGGAAAGCCUGCCGACGGCUCAGUUCGCAAUAUGAUUGUAGAAACAGAGACUGUCAGUUCAAUACCGCAAGUUUCCAUGGGAGUGGGAAAUGGUGAACGAGGCAGCGCUUCCCGUGCAGACCAGAGUACACUUCGCAUGAAACCCUCCAAUGAGACGAUUCGUCCACGCAAAGAAAAGAAAAAGACCCGUCGCCCCAAUACCCUUCUUACAGCAGGCUCCGUAACAAGCAAGGCGGAUAUCUUUGAGGCUAGAGUGGCCAAUGCAGUAGAUGAGGCUGAUGUUUCGGACUCCGACGAGACUUUCGUUUACGACUCGAACCCGCCUGAUCCAUACCCAUCCCGCCCGCCCCGGUAUCAUUCUCGGACACCUAGUGCGACCUCUAUGGCGAGUCAAGCGGACCAAAUGUCUAGUCGUACUCGAGGGUUGCGGGAUUCUUCUCACCGCGUGAUAGGCAAACGCAGCAUGAAGUUUACCAACGCCAACCCCUACAACAACAACAACAGCAUAGAUGGCGAUGGUGCUGAGGCUGAAAUGUCCACGCGUUGCUCUAGAACUGAUGGAAGUGGAACCAUCACUCCCCGGCAUCACAAUUUGGGCCGUCUUCAUGGACGCAACUGCGUGCACCCAAAUCUUUUUGAUAACGACAGCGCAAACUCACUGAGUCAAUCUCAAAAGUCUCCCCGCCAUUUCAUCGGGAAUAGCUACAGGCAUUCUCGUCACAGCAAUACCCGGCUUUCUCCCAAUUACAGAGCUAUCAGCGGUUCCAAGCAGAGUAGCGAGUUUCAUGCUUAUGAUUACGACGCAGAGGGUGCGGACGAUGAACGCACACCACUGGUAGGCACACCCCGUAUAAUCCACAGUCGGAAUGGACGACGGCCCAACAGUGCAAUUUUGCGGCAGAUGGAGUACAUGGCGCAGCGUGAACGCGGGUUUUUCGCUCGAUUUGGCUCAUGCGCUAUUAUCUUCCUUAUGUUAUUGGUUGUCGCUGGCGGUGCUACUUCCUUCAUCAUUGCGGCAACCCAACCUCUUCUAGAUGUCCAAGUUGUUGCGAUUCAAAACGUGUUGGCUUCAGAACAGGAAAUAAUGUUGGAUUUGAACGUGCAAGCCGUCAACCCGAACUUGUUCCCUGUGACCAUUGACGACACUGAUGUCAACAUAUUUGCGAAGAGUCGCUUUGUUGGGACCGACAAGCUUUGGCGCGAGCAUGGUGGUCUGGAUAAUGUCCCCCGCGUGGAGCAAAGCCGACGUCGCUGGCAGUUGUCACGGGCUGUGAGGUGCCUCGGCAAUUUGAACUGUAUCAACGAAGCCACGCUUAACCACUCUGACCCGCACACCACCGACGGAGUUGACAAGGGCACUGAUCCCCCAACCGACCCAGAAGGCGACCCGCGAUCUAUGUUGCUUGGCCGUGUGUUCCACUUCGAUUCCCCACUGUCUUUCGAAUCUUCUCCUUGGAAUCAUUUGACUUCCAGCUCUAAGGGACAGAUUCGUCUAGCCCGGCCAGGAAACAAAACUGAGGCAGGAGGCACAGAGCGCUGGGAGCGAGUCCUUCAACACCCCUUCGAGUUGACUGUCCGCGGCAUCAUCAAAUACCAGCUCCCACUCAGCUCCCGCUACCUCUCGGCAUCUGUUAGCUCCAGCAUCAAGGUAGUGCCUGAUGCCGAUGACAACGAUCUAGAACAAACACCUCCGAGCAACGGCACAGUGCGGAUUUCGAUACCACAGAGAAGCGCACCUUCCAUUCGUCUUUCACUUGAUACUCGUCUCACUGAGUCGGAGAAUUCGAGACGACCUUUUACGGCAUGA